AUGGCACUUGUGAGAGCAGCUCAGCAAACCUCCUCUUCUUAUUCUUGUCGAUAUUGUCGUUAUCACGUGUUCCUGAGUUUCAGAGGCCAAGACACUCGCAAGACUUUCACUGACCACCUCUACACGGCCCUUGUCAACGCCGGAUUUCGCACUUUCCGAGACGACGAUGAAGUCCAGAGAGGAGAAGGUAUCAAGCUCGAACUUCAGAAAGCAAUCAAACAUUCACGAACUUCUGUUAUUGUAUUUUCAAAAGACUACGCGUCGUCCACAUGGUGCCUUGAGGAGCUCGUCAUGAUCCUUGAACGCAAGAGGAUCUCAGCUGACCAUGUCGUUUUACCUGUCUUCUACGACGUGGAUCCAUCCGAUGUGCGGAAGCAGACAGGAAGUCUUGCAAAGGCAUUUGCUAGACACCAAAAAACUCAACCGCUGCCGAAGGUGAAGGCAUGGAGAGAGGCACUUGCAGAGGUUGCAGAUCUGGCAGGGAUGGUCUUGCAAAAUCAAGCUCAUGGGUAA